AUGGGUAAGACCCAGAUGAAACAGUUGAGCAGACCAAACGUAGGGGCGAUCCCCAAUACCCAUCUGGUGAUAGAUCUCCCGAAUUCGGAGAUUUUACGGGUCGUGUCGAGGUCGUUGUUCUUUGCCGCGGUCAUCUUCACAUUGCCUUGCAUUGUGUCGAUUCUGAGAGUGACUUCGAGACAAAAUGUCGGUGAAAUUGAGCUCGGUGCAGGACCCGGUACCAUCAGCUUCGAGUUCAUGGAUAUCCUGUUCAGGGAUUUCGGGCGAGAGGGCCUUGUCAAGAAAGGCGAUAAAGCCCUUAUCGUGGGCUCCGAGAUUGGCGGCGUCAGCGCUAACUUCCAGUUCUUGAACGACAAUGAGAUUGAUUUCGCGAUUGUGUCCGACACUGAAAGCCAGAGUUUGAUCCAUGAUGGUACAUUCGAUUUCGUGCUCCUCUCGGGCUCCUCGGACGUUAAAUUUGUGGACCGGGUCCUAAAAGUUGAGGGUGUCUUGGCAAUUCAGCUGAAGGAUGACCCUGUACAUGUCUUGGAGGAGCCAUUGAAUUUCAGGGCCGUGUAUAUUAGGAGAUAUGUGUCCACCAUUGUAGCCAUGAGGAAGAUUGCUUUGUCAAAUGAUGUUGCGAUUUCAUCAACGAAGAGAAAGCUCUGUAAUGUGGGGCGGAAAGCAAGACAAGCAGCUUUGAAGGGUCUAGAGAACCCUUUGCUCGAGCCACCAAGACGGGCUCUAGGGGAAUCGACAUCAUACCUGAAGAAUAUCAAAUAUCUUCCCGAGCUAAUGGACGACACACUUGAAGGCUACAGUCGUCGAGCUUUCAUCGCAGUCGGUUCAACAAUUGACGACAACAGUGCGACAGUGGAAUGGUUUUACCAGAACUAUCCCACGAGGAAUCAGAAAUUUGAGGUGUACUAUCUCUUGAGCUCAUCCAAUGGAUACAUCAGUGUUUCUGAUUGGCUGAGGAAGAAUGUCGAGGAAGGAGACUAUGUCGUGAUGAAGGCAAAAGCGGAAAUUGUGGAAGAGAUGAUAAAAGGGGGGAGCAUUCAUUUGGUUGAUGAGUUGUUUUUUGAGUGCAAGAAUCAGUGGGGGUUAGGUCAAGAGAAUAAGGGCGAGAGGGCUUAUUGGGAGUGCCUUUCUUUGUAUGGAAGGGUGAGGGAUGAAGGAGUCGCAAUUCAUCAAUGGUGGCGCUGA